AUGGCUUCCGAUUCUUGGAUGGUGCUCGAGCGACCAAGUGGUGCUCCGUACUGGGAAGUCCAACGACAUUACACACCGGGAACUCGCCCGCCAUCUCAACAACCAAAACAGCCGCCUCCACAGCCCGUGACCGACCUCGUCGACGUCCUCCGGACUAAAUCCAUCAAGAAAUACGAAGAAGCAUGGAAAGACAUGGUCGAGGUCCAAAAGCACGAACACGCGUCACAGAAAUGCGCCGACGUCGCCAACGAGAUCGACACGGCGCUCGAGGCGUCGUCCGAGGUCCUGCCCGCCCGGUUUUUCAACACGCCCGCCUGUCGACUGUUGAGGAGAGAGUCGAUGGAGAACAGGGACAGGUCCGAGCGCGAGUUCCAGGAGGCCCUCACCGAGCAUUACAAGGCGUCGUACGAGAAGGGCCAGGCGGAGACGUACAAGGAGGACGCGCAGACGUUGGAGGACGAGCUGAAGAAAAAGAAGAAGAAGUGCUGCGAGGAUAAAUGCUGCGCCAACUGCCGCAGGAAGCCGCCCACCAUCGUCGUGUCGCCGUUCACGAGAACCACCUGGAACUGGUUCGCCAGCUGA